AUGUUUACAAAAGAGAAUAAAGAAAUAGAAUUAACGAUAGACAACAUAAAAAUAUCUUCUACAAAAAAGAUUAAUCCUUUAGUUGAUUUUUCAACUCUUAACAAACCACUAGCUAAAAACAUAAAUCUAAAAAUAAAAAAGCUAAACACUAUUCAGCAAUACAUACUUCCAUUAAUAUCACAAGGAGUGGAUUUAAUAUGUAAAGCACCUACUGGGUCAGGUAAAACCCUUUGUUAUAUUAUUCCUGUGAUACAAAAAAUUUUAAAAAAUCCUAACAGUAAAGCAGUAAUAAUAUGUCCUGUUAGAGAACUGUGCGAUCAAAUAAAAAGCGUAUGUUUAGAACUUACAAAAAAAUUAUUUGUUAAUAAAAAAAAUGAAAAUUGUGAUUUAUACUACAAUCCUAAAACAGCAAAUCAACCAAUUUCUGUUAUGACAAUACGUAGCGAUAAACAGGAACUUGUUGAUUAUAGUGAUGCUAAUAUUAUUAUAGCUACACCGGGAAGAUUAAUUUUUAAUCUUGAAAAGAAAUUUAUCAAUUUUGAUAAUUUAGAUACAAUUGUAUUUGAUGAGGCAGAUAAACUAUACGAUUCAACCUUUAAAAGACAAAUAGAUACCAUAAAAAGUUUUAUUAAAAAAGAUGUACAGACAUGUAUGUUUUCCGCAACAUAUUGUAAGGAGAUACGAGACAUAUUUAAUUUAAUUACAAAACCCGAUAGGGUGUAUUUUGAGGCAGAUUUUGAAAUAAAAACUAAUGUAAAACAGGAAAUAUAUCCAAACUUUAAAAAAAUAGAUAAAAUAGUAGAAGUUUUGAAAAGUCUAACUCUUGUCGGAAAUUGGAGAGAGACAGUAGAAAGUGAAAAAGUGAUGAUUUUUGUAGAACGAAAAGUAGAUUGCCUUAAAGUAGCAAACUUACUAAAUUCUAAAGGGUAUAAUUCUGUUACUUUGCACGGUGAUAAAAGUCAAUACGAGAGAAAUGAAGCUAUUUCUAAAUUUAAAUCGGGAUUAUCAUCUAUUUUAAUUGCGACAAAUGUUGCUGCUAGAGGACUUGAUAUCAGAGAAGUUAAAUUAGUUAUUAAUUAUGAUCUACCUAGGACGAUCGAUGAAUAUAUACAUAGAAUUGGAAGAACUGGUCGUGCAGGAGAAGAAGGCAGAGCUAUAUCAUUUUUUGAUUGGAAAUAUAAUUCCAAUAUUGUAGAUGGUCUUAUAAAAAUUUUUAGUGACAACAAAAAAGAAAUUCCGAAAGUUUUAUUACAACGGAAUGCUGAUGCCAGUAAAAAAGAAUUUACAUCAGUAAACAAGGCUUUUAAGCCUCGAAAAAACGAGAAUAUUUAUAAAUAUAAAAAAACUGUAAAAAAUAUGCAAUAUAUUAAUACAUCUAGUAAAUCACAAGAACAACCUAUUGAAUCGCAGCUUGAAGACUUAAAGAUUACAAACACCUGUGAGUCCAGUGAUGAAGAGUUAGGUGCUUGGUAA